GUACCACUCUCAUCAUUGUGUUUGUUGCUUAAAGCUUGGGCACUCUCUCUUUCCCCCUCCUCCACCACCACACCCUCUCUAUCUCAUUCAUUUCUCAUCUCUUGUCAUUCCACAAAGAAGAAGAAGUCAUAUUUAUGCACAUAUAUACAUUGUUAUAAUUAGUGGUUAGCUAUAUAUCAUGAGCAGCACCAUGGAAGGAAACAACAAUGGCGGCGGCGGCGGCCGGCUUAACUUCCCACUCCAAUUGUUAGAGAAGACGGAAGACAUUUUUUCGCUCUCGACAUCGACUACAUCGAAUAUCUCGGCUUCCGUCCCGCAAGUGGCCAACCAGCAGGAUUCGACUGUUAAUAAGAAGCCUCUGGUUAAGAGGGCUUCCACGAAAGACCGUCACACUAAGGUGGACGGUCGCGGGCGGCGGAUCCGGAUGCCCGCAACCGCCGCCGCUAGGGUGUUCCAGCUCACUAAGGAGCUGGGACACAAGUCUGAUGGGGAGACCAUCGAGUGGCUCCUCCAGCAGGCGGAGCCCUCAGUGAUCGCCGCCACCGGGACCGGGACGAUCCCGGCGAACUUCACGUCUCUCAAUAUAUCCGUCAGGAGCUCCGGGUCCACGAUGUCGGCCCCGUCGCACCUGAGGAACCUCAACAGCUAUCUGCACGGGUACUCGCAGCUGCGACUCAUGGAGGAGUCGCAGCGGCGGAUAAUGCUCGGACUGUCGUCCGAGUACUCCUCCGCCGCCGGCGCCGCCGCGCCGUCCGCUUUGAACUUCGGAUUCGGCGGCGGCGGGGGCGGCGACGACGUCGGCGUCGCGCUCUUUCAAGCGAAGCAAGAGGGAGAUCGGCACCCGCCCCCGGCGCUCCAGAACUACAUGUCGGGAAACUACAUGUUGCAGUCGAGCUCCGGGUGCAUUCCGGCGAGCCAAGGGCAGAUGCCGGCGACGACAACGUUGUUCCGAAUGGCGAGUAAUAACCCGACCACAACAAGCGGCCAAAUGAUGUCCGGCCACGAAUCUUGUCUGUGGGCGUUGCCGGCGGCGAGUAUUGCCAAUGUCACCACAUCUAACAACAGUGGGCUGCACUUGAUGAACUUUCCAAGUCCGGUGGCGGCGGUGAGCGGCGGCGGCGGCACGGCGGGGGAAGGGCAGCCGACAAGCAUGUUUGCCGCAUUAAAUGGUUUUAGGUCCAUGGAGGAUACCCGGUAAUUAAGAUAGUAACAGUCGACAUUCCUU